CCCCCCCCCCAUUCCGCGUGCCCGAAGCUAGCGCGGCCGGCCGGGUUGGUGGCUGGCUGCGCACUCGGACAUGGCGUCGCCGCGGCUGGAGACCUUCUGCUGCUCCGACCGGGACGCGGCCACCGAGUUGGUGGUCACCUUCCAGCCGCUCCUGUUCGGGGCGGUGACGGCGGCCGGCGCGGCCGUGAGCCUGCUGCUCACCGUGCUGCAGAUCCUGCCCAAGAAGAAAGGCUACCGGAGGCUGGGCCAGUACCCGCUGCCCAGACCGGCGUCCUCGGCGCGGAUCCUCUUCAUCAUCAGCGUCUGCGACAUUUUGGGAUGUGCGGGGAUCCUUUUGAGGUCAUCUUUGUGGGUGGGCCUCCCAAACACGGUGGAACGGAUCUCCGAGGCCAACAGCACCGACACUUGGCCGGACGUGUUCUGCCUCGGCAGUGCGAUGUGGAUCCAGUUGUUCUACAGCGCUUCGUUCUGGUGGACCUUCUGUUACGCCGUGGAUGUUUUCCUGGUGGUCAAGACUUCGGCCGGAAUCAGCACCAUUAUCCUCUACCACAUGAUCACAUGGGGUCUGGCUUUGCUGCUGUGUAUCGAAGGCGUGGCCAUGCUCUACUACCCUUCCAUCUCCAACUGUGAGCAAGGCUUCCAGCACGCCAUCCCUCACUACGUCACCACGUACGCGCCCAUGCUGCUGGUCCUCGUGGCCAACCCCAUCUUCUUCUAUCGGACCACUUCUGCAGUGACAUCGUUGCUAAAAGGGCGUCAAGGGAUCUACACGGAAAACGAGCGCCGGCUGGCCAGCGCCAUAAAAAUCCGCUUCUUCAAAAUUAUGCUGGUUUUCUUUAUUUGCUGGGUUCCCAACAUCAUCAACGAGGGCCUCCUCUUCUAUCUGGAGUCGCAGGGCAACAUCGACGACGGCAGCCUCAGGAAUUUCAGAAACGCCGCCCUCAUCACUUGGUUCAUCAUGGGGAUCUUGAACCCCAUGCAGGCCUUCCUCAACACGCUGGCCUUCCACGGCUGGACGGGCUUGGACGUGGACCUGAGCCCGAGGCGGAGGGGCGAGCCGGCCUGGGAGUCGGCCUCUACGUCGGUGGCCAACCCGGGGGGCCACAACUCCAUGGUGGGCUCGGCCCUCCUCUACCAGAGCCACGUGCAGGAGGCCAAGAAAAGCAUGAACGGCAACGGGCAGCCGCAGUCCGACGCCAUCAGCGUCCUCUCAGAAGUUUGGAGCUCUAACUGUAGUGUGCGGUAGUCAACUCACCACUGGCAACGCUUCGCGAGCUGACAUGUUCCGCUGUCUUUUUUUUUUUUUUUCCACUAAAUGUCCCGUCAUUUGUUUUGCGAUUGUCUGCACUUUGUGAUGUUUCCAUUUCUCACUCAAAUAAAGGCUCGUCGUACACAUUUUUAAAGCGCCUGUCGUCACUUCAUUAUCGCGAUAGGCGCCUCAAAUUGUCACGGCGUCACAGACGAGAGCGGGGCGACGUGCACCAAUUUCACAAUUUCGCGUUAUAUUUGUGUGCAUUUCUUCGUUUCUACUUCACUUUUUUUUUUUUUCAAUGUUCUGAUCACAUAUGGGAAAUAUUUUGACAUUUUUUUGGGAGGUGCCAGAUGCAUUUAUGACGCAUUCAAAGAAAAUGGCAUGACCUCAUCCUAUUUCCCGUCCCGGAAUUUUUCUUUUUGGCAUUUCCCAGGUUGCAUUUUGCAAGAGAGGAAUCAUUUGAAACAAGUGAGUAAUACAGUCCCCCCCCCCCCCCCUGUUUUGUCUCGCUAGGUUCAGAAUCUAGCACAGUUGAAAUCCACAUAUCCAGCGAGCCACCAGACUACGGCGAUAUAGACGCCGACGAGGAAUCCUUGGGGACCGCAGGGAGGCACUAGCCGGCGUCACGUCGCUCGAAACUACUGUCGCUGGUGAAAGAAGAAGAAAAAAACUUAUACAAUCGAUUUCUUUCGUAUCUGUGGUACGACCUGAUUUCUAAUUCCCUCGUGCAGCCGGUUACAAAUAAUCUCGUGAACGUGACGAGCGUUCUCCUUGGGGACUCGCACUUAAAAGCGGACAUCUUUUUUUUUUUUUUUUAAUUAAUAACUGACACGACUGUAAUCCACAAAUUUGUCUUUUUGCACUUUUAUUCUUAUUAAAAAUCAAACGUGUUUCUUAGACUUGUAGUUGUUGGUUAUUGCGAUGUACUCCGAAUUUAGAAUCUAAUUUAGAUUUGCUAUAUGAAAACUGUACAGGGAUGCAAAGAUAUACCGUAAUUUCCGGCCUAAAAGCCGCGACUUUUUUCACACCCUUUCAACCCUGCGGCGAUGCCGCUAAUUUGUGCAUUUUUUCUAACGGCCCGAGCGGAAAAGGUAAGAAUGAGACCGGUGGAAUGUAUCUGCCGAGGGAGUGACUUUUAAAGGCCCUGUUAGCGCUAGCGUUAUGCUAGCAUGUUGCUGCUGUGUUACUGGCGUCUCAGUGAUAUUUACCGGUCAGCUUCAUCACCGGCGCGCGGACUCUCACACACACGGGUUUUUACAGCUUACCCUGAGGCCAGCAGAUCGCUGACAGGGUUCCAGGCACAGAUGAACACUUCCGACUCGUGACCUCGCAGCACC